CAAGGUCUUGGAAACACAACACAAGCAAAGAGAAAAAUAGUAGUAGUCUCCUACCUCCCUUAGGCCUCAUACCUCAUAGCAACCACAGCGCCACCACUCCAACCUUGAAACUAUUCAAACACACACCAACAUUUCUGGCUGUGUUAAUUAGUCCAGAAAGAGUUUUUGAACCUUUGUCACUACCACCACCCCCACCACCACCACAAGAGCACAGGCUGAUCAGCCAGGACUAAAAUAGAAGAGGAAAGAGCACUUCAGGUGAGAUAACAGCACACUCCACCAUUUUUGCUUUGACCAAAACAUUAACUGAGCUGUAUAUAACUGCACUUUAAAGAUGUGUGACACAAGCUUUUUUGUUCACAUGCAUGCCUUCAACUUAUUCAACUUCAACACCUUGUUGUGAAAUUGAAGCAUUCUCCCAUCUCAUUAACCACGCAAACUUCCUCCCACAUGCAUCUUGUUUCCUCCUCUCACUCCUCACACUAAGACUCUCCACCACCACCAUCGUCCUUCUUCAACACCACAACCACCACCAUCGUCCUUCUUCAACACCACCACCACCACCACCGCAACCACCACCAUUUUCAAGCCCUAAUUUUCCCCCACAACCACUAAAAAAAUGGUCCAAAACACAACCCAUUUACUAUUUUCCUUCAGAUUGUUGAUUUUCAUAACCAUGACCAAAAUCUCAUUAAUUACCUCUCUGUCCUCUGAUGGCCAAGCCCUCCUCUCCCUCCUCCCUGAAAAGCAAUAUUCUGUGCUUUCCUCAUGGGACUCAUCAAGUGAAACACCAUGCUCAUGGCAAGGGAUAACAUGCUCUCCCCAAAACAGAGUAAUCUCACUCUCUCUCCCCAACAUUUUCCUCAACCUCUCCUCCCUCCCUCCGCAUCUCUCCUCCCUCUCAUAUCUCCAGCUCCUCAACCUCUCCUCCACCAACAUAUCCGGCACCAUCCCACCUUCCUUUGGCCAACUCACCCACCUCCGCCUCCUCGACUUGUCCUCCAACUCCCUCACCGGCCCCAUUCCACCGGAGCUAGGCAACCUCUCCGCUCUCCAGUUCCUUUUACUCAACUCCAACAAACUUUCAGAGAAAAUACCUCAACAACUUGCCAACUUCAUUUCCCUCCAAGUGCUUUGUCUCCAAGACAACCUCAUCAACGGCCCAAUCCCAUCUCAGUUGGGCUCUCUGGUUUCCCUCCAACAGUUUCGUGUUGGAGGGAAUCCGUAUAUCACCGGCGAAAUCCCAUCCCAACUAGGCCUGCUCACUAACCUCACAACUUUUGGCGCAGCGGCUACCUCCCUUUCGGGGGUGAUCCCAUCCACAUUUGGGAACUUGAUCAACCUCCAAACACUGGCUCUUUAUGAUACUGAGAUAUUUGGCUCAAUACCUCCGGAACUCGGACUUUGUUCGGAGCUGAGGGAUUUGUAUUUGCAUAUGAACAAGCUCACUGGUUCAAUUCCUCCACAGCUGGGGAAACUGCAAAAGCUCACCAACCUGCUUGUUUGGGGCAAUGCAUUGUCAGGACCAAUCCCAGCUGAGAUUUCAAACUGUUCUUCCCUUGUUAUUCUCGAUGCUUCUGCCAAUGAUCUCCCUGGACCAAUCCCAACAGACUUGGGGAAGCUGGUGGUUCUCGAACAGCUUCAUCUCUCCGAUAAUAUGCUGACCGGAGCAAUUCCAUCCCAGCUCAGCAACUGCACCAGCCUCACUGCUCUUCAGCUUGACAAGAAUCAGUUGUCAGGUACAAUUCCUUGGCAGGUUGGCAAUCUCAAACUCUUGCAGAGUUUUUUCUUGUGGGGCAAUAUUGUAUCGGGAACUAUACCAGCUUCGUUCGGCAACUGCACUGAGCUCUAUGCACUUGAUCUCUCAAGAAACAAGCUUACUGGGUCGAUCCCAGAAGAGAUUUUCGGUUUGAAGAAGCUGAGCAAGCUCUUGCUGUUGGGGAAUUCUUUGUCGGGCGGGUUGCCACGAAGCGUUGCACAUUGUCAAUCUCUAGUCAGGUUAAGGCUUGGGGAGAACCAGCUUUCAGGACAGAUUCCUAUGGAGAUAGGCAAGCUGCAAAACCUCGUUUUCCUUGACUUGUACAUGAAUCAUUUCUCUGGAGGAUUGCCGUUUGAGAUUGCCAACAUCACAGUUCUUGAAAUGUUGGAUGUGCACAACAACAAUAUCAGUGGUGAAAUCCCGCCUCAGCUUGGGGAGCUUGUGAAUUUGGAGCAGCUUGAUCUUAGCAGAAACAGCUUUACCGGAGAAAUUCCUUGGAGCUUUGGCAACUUAAGUUACUUGGACAAGCUCAUUGCCAACAACAAUCUACUCACGGGUACGAUACCAAAAUCUAUCCGGAACCUGCAGAAGCUAACUCUGCUGGAUUUGAGCUUUAACAGCCUCUCCGGUCCAAUCCCACCCGAAAUUGGUCGUGUAACAAGCUUGACAAUCAGUUUGGACUUGAGCUCCAAUAGUUUUACUGGAGAAAUCCCAGAGACAAUGGCGGAUUUGAUGCAGUUGCAAUCACUGGACCUGUCGCAUAAUAUGCUCUAUGGAAAAAUUAAGGUUCUUGGUUCUCUAACUAGUCUCACUUCCCUGAAUAUUUCCUGCAACAAUUUUUCGGGUGCCAUCCCAGUUACGCCAUUCUUUAGAACUCUUUCUUCGAAUUCAUAUGCUCAGAAUCCACAUCUUUGUGAGUCUGUUGAUGGGACUACUUGUUCGUCAAGUCUAAUGCUGAAGAAUGGUUUGAAAUCCGCAAAAACUGUUGCUUUAAUUACUGUGAUUCUGGUGUCAGUAACCAUGGCAGUUGUUUCCUCGUGGAUUCUUGUUAUGCGAAAUCAUAGACAUAUGGUAAAGAAAUCUUUAGGAGCAAUGGCAGCCUCGUCGGGGGCUGAAGAUUUCUCGUAUCCAUGGACUUUCAUCCCAUUUCAGAAGCUCAAUUUCACCAUUGAUAAUAUCUUGGAUUGUUUGAAGGAGGAAAAUGUGAUUGGAAAAGGUUGUUCUGGAAUCGUCUACAAGGCUGAAUUGCAUAAUGGGGAUUUGAUUGCGGUGAAAAAACUGUGGAAAACGAAGCAAGAGGAAGAACCGAUAGACUCUUUUGCUGCAGAGAUUCAAAUUCUUGGACACAUUCGCCAUCGGAACAUUGUCAAACUCCUAGGUUACUGUUCGAAUAGAAGCGUCAAGCUGCUUCUUUAUAACUACAUUCCCAAUGGUAAUCUGCAGCAGCUAUUGCAAGGGAAUAGGAACUUGGAUUGGGAAACUCGGUACAAGAUUGCAAUCGGAUCAGCUCAAGGUUUAGCAUACCUUCAUCACGAUUGUGUCCCGACAAUUCUGCACAGGGAUGUCAAGUGCAAUAACAUACUGCUGGAUUCAAAGUAUGAGGCCUAUCUGGCAGAUUUUGGUCUGGCAAAGCUGAUGAACUCCCCAACUUACCACCACGCAAUGUCGAGAGUAGCUGGCUCUUAUGGUUAUAUUGCCCCAGAGUACGGAUACACGAUGAACAUAACAGAGAAGAGUGAUGUCUACAGCUAUGGUGUGGUUCUGCUGGAGAUCUUAAGCGGGCGUAGUGCUGUACAGCCACAGAUUGGUGACGGGCUACACAUUGUUGAAUGGGUGAAGAAGAAAAUGGGAAGCUUCGAACCAGCUGUAUCGAUACUAGAUACAAAGCUCCAAGGCCUACCGGAUCAAAUGGUGCAAGAGAUGCUGCAAACACUUGGAAUAGCAAUGUUCUGUGUAAACUCGUCGCCUGCAGAAAGACCAAGCAUGAAGGAAGUGGUGGCAUUGCUAAUGGAGGUUAAGAGCCAGCCUGAAGAAUGCGGAAAGACCUCCCAACCCCUAAUAAAGCAAUCUUCAAACCAGACUUAAUUAGUUUUAAUCCUUUUUCUAAACCUUCCAAGGACAAUUAGCAAUUAAUUUUCUAGAACAUAAGAGAACACUAUCAGUGAGGGGAUUCAUGGGUUUGAAUGGUGAUGGUUUUAGGUUUCUUGUACAGUUUUGAGAGGUUAAUCUGGUGAAAUGCUUCAAAUCA